CUGGUAAGCCACUUUCAAAAGCUUGAUCUGUAUACUCACACUGGGGUGGAAGGGAUAUACUUGACGAAAAAAUAUGUAUAUAAAAUACAUAUUUACAUAUAUAAAAAAAAAAACCAAACCAAACCCAGUGCCGUGGAGUCGAUUCCGACUCAUGGUGACCCUAUCAUAAAAAAAAAAAAAAAUAGUAUGUAUAUAUGUCAUACACAUAUUAUGUCAUUAUUGCCUACAUUCCUCAGAAUUUAACAUGUGGACUAGCCAAAACUGUACUACUGUUUUUUUUUUUAAGAUGGUUUAAUUCAAUAAAGGUCCUACUGAAUGACACUCUGGCAGUAAAUUUUCAUUAAGGGACUCAAUACACUUAAUACAAUUAUAUUCUCAAAGGGCUUGCUUUGGCCAACACUUAUUUUUUUCUGACCUUUGGGAAGGUGAAAUAUGUUUUUAAAUAUUCAGCAUUUUGCUAUGACAUAUUCGUUGCUUUUUAUUAGAGGUUGUACCCUUACAUAAUUGCUGUAACUAAACUGUGCCACUUGCCCCAUGAAACUCAUUACUGUAUUUACUGUAGGGAUGUUGUUGAGGACAUGGUUCAUUAUAUCACCACCAUCCUCCUCUUUAUGAGGACACAUGGGAGAAAUUUCUCCUGGGUCUCAGUGUACAGAAUAGCUGUGAUUCUCCCAAGCAACUCUUUUUUUUUUUUUUUUUUAAUUCAGGAAAUCUGAAUCAUUCAACCAAUUGUUUCCUAUUUUUGAUGACUGCUUGAUAACUCAGGGAUGGAUUUGACACCCAUCUCUGUUAAAGUGAAGGAGUAUUGCAUUAGGGUUCUAACCUUACCUGUAGUAUCAUUCUAUUUUUUCUAACAUCAUUUCUUCCUUACCACUGAACUGAUUUUUAUUUGAACUGGUUCUUUUGUUUCUUAUGUAUAUUUAUAAUCUUUCUUAAAUCAUUAUUCAGAAUGAGACAGAAUACACAUACAUAUACUGACACACAGGGAGCUUAGGGUGGCAACCCCUGCAACUCUCAGGACUACAGACUGGGCUAUCCAAUACCCUUGCUACCACGUAAAAGCCAGCAAGGCAGGUGAAGGGAAAGAGAGGGAAAAAUGGGGCAGAAAUUAAGGGAGGAUAUGAGAAAGGAAGAAAGAGACGUACAUGGUGGUGGUGGGGUAUGAUAAAAAUAGCACCACAAAUAACUUAUAUCUGAUUAAUGCUAAAAAUUUAAAGCUAAGAUAUGCAUACUUAAAGCUGAGCAAUGUCAGGGGUAUAUUUAGAAAUGAGGAAAGAAGAGGCUUUCUUGUAGAAAUACUGUACUGUUUCCAGACCCAUGUGGUUUACAAGGACUCAGUUUAGAAACAUAAAUUAGCUUCAUUCAUCUUUUUUGCAAUGUUACUGGACAAAAUAUUCACUAAUUUUUCAGAAACAUGUUUUGUUUGGUUGAUAUUUUGUUUUUUGUUUUUAAUAUCAUCCUGCGGUUCCUGGCAGGGCUUUUCCCUUGGAUUUUUUUUGAUAGUACUAGAUCGUUCUUCUGCACAUAGUAAGCUGUUGGUAGUGGGUUGGUUUGGUUUUUAACUACAAUCAAGAAUUAGCCCAUUUUACCAGAAUACCAAAAAGCCAAACCCAUUGCCAUGGAGUCAAUUCCCACUCAUAGCGACCCUACAGAUCAGAGUUGAACUGCCCCCCAUAGGGUUUCCAAAGUUGUAAUCUUUACGGAAGCAUCUUCCUCUUGAAGAUGACGUGGCUGCUGGGUUCAAACUGCCGACCUUUCAGUGAGCAGCUAAGCACUUAACCACUGUACCACCAGGGCUGCUUUUUACCAGUAUAAAAAAAAAAAAAUACCUACAAAUUAGAACUAAAGCUAAUAAUUUUAAUAGGGAAUAAAUUUGUUCUUAGAAACUAUAGUUUAACUCAUAAUAUUUUAAUAAACGAAUGUGCUAUUUAUAAGAUUUUUUUUUCUUUAUUAGAGUUGAGAUUACAGAUAUCCUGCCAAAAUGAUUUCUUCAAAGCCCAGACUUGUCGUGCCCUAUGGCCUCAAGACUCUACUGGAGGGGGUUAGCAGAGCCGUUCUCAAAACCAAUCCGGCAAACAUCACCCAGUUCGCUGCAAUUUAUUUUAAAGAACUUAUUUUGUUUCGAGAAGGAAACACUUCCAUGGAUAUAAAAGAACUGGUUAAACAAUUUCAUCAGAUUAAAGUUGAGAAGUGGUCAGAAGGAACGAUACAAGAGAAGAAACCAGAAUGUGUAAAAGAGCCAGAAAGAGCGUCUGUAAUUCCCCCAGAACCUACACGGAAGGAAAAGUCUACGGACACAGAGGAGGACAAUAUAGCCAAGCCACUAUUCAGCAACAAAACCACCCAGUUUCCAUCAGUGCAUGCCGAACUCUCAGAGCACGUGGACGUACCUGAAAUAGUUUCUGGUUCUUCUUCCAAACCGUCCACUCCUAAGGUUACCACCCCACCCUCAUCACCAUCUCCAGCAGCUGUCCCACCAGAGUUUGCCUAUGUCCCAGCUGACCCAGCUCAGUUUGCUGCCCAGAUGUUAGCGAUAGCAGCAAGCGAAGCAGGACAACCACCACCAUAUUCUAACAUGUGGACCCUUUAUUGUCUAGCUGAUAUGAAUCAACAAAGUCGCCCAUCACCGCCACCUGCACCGGGGCCUUUUCCCCAGGCAACCCUCUAUUUAUCUAAUCCUAAGGAUCCACAGUUUCUGCAGCAUCCACCGAAAGUUACUUCUCCAGCCUAUGUGAUGAUGGACGACACCCAGAAGACCGGUGCCCCACCCUUUAUUUUAGUAGGCUCAAACGUUCAGGAAGCGCAGGACUGGAGACCUCUUCCUGGACAUGCUGUUGUUUCACAGUCAGAUACCUUGAAGAGAUAUGCUGCAGUCCAAGUCCCCAUUGCUGUUCCUGCAGAUCAGAAAUUCCAGAAACAUACCCCAAAUGCCCAGAAUGCUAGUCCUCCUCCAAGUGGACAAGAUGCCCCCCGACCACAAAGCCCGGUUUUUCUUUCUGUUGCUUUCCCAGUAGAAGAUGUAGCCAAAAAAAGUUCAGGAUCUGGUGACAAACGUACACCCUUUGGAAGUUACGGUAUUGCUGGAGAAAUUACCGUGACUACUGCCCAUGUUCGCAGAGCAGAAACUUAAAACUGGUAGGUGAAUUUUCCUACCAUAAUACGUGGCCCAUAACAUGCUUGAGUUUUCAGCAUUUUGAUUUGUUGAUCUGGAGAUUGAGAUAUUAAAAAAAAGUGAAAUUGAAUUGAGAUAAUAUGCAGUGACCUGGGUAUACUCUAAUUUGACGUGGUUGUCUCUUCAGCUUCCUUCUCACCAAUUUCUGAGAAAUGCACAGCUGGUGCACUGCACCAGCAUGACCUACACCAAGGAUCUGGUGCUAAUCUAAGAACACAUCAGCCGGUCAACUCAGUCACCUUUGAAUACCUGUUCUGUGCAUUCUGGCAGAGGCUAAAUGGGGAUGGAUUUAAGAUAAUAGUCUUAUACGGGAACUGUGUCAUCUAGUUGGCAUGUUUAAUGAGUGGGGAGAAGCACAGAUAAGACCUGAAGGCUGGGACCCAUGGGAGAGCAAGAUAACAGUAAGGAAAACAUGGAAUUUACACCUUAGUAGGGGAGACAGACAAAAAGGUAAAUUAGUGUGUGCAUAAAGAAAAAAAGCCGGGUACUGCUAUGGGCCCUCCUUUAAUAGUUGCCAUUAGAUAGGGUAUUCAGGCACGUUCUCAAUGAGGGGAUUUAAACAGAUACCCGAGUAUGAGAAGGAGCCAGACCUGAGAGCUUCCAGGAAGAGUCCUCUGGCAGGAAAGAGUUUCGUGAAGGUUUGGGAAACUGAAAAUAGUCCCAAAUGAGACGACUGGCUGGGUGGAGCUGGGGGAGAGUAUAUGUAAGAUGAAACUGGAGAGGUUAAGAGGGACAAGGAGAGAGAUUUGGACUUAAAGUUCAAUGGGAAGCCAGUAUUGUUUUAAACAGCAGAAUGACAUAAUCAGAUUCAUGGAUCAGAAGUCAAGCUGAGGCAGAUAGCAGCGAGACAGGUUAGACGUACAUAAUACAAGUGUUAGACACUCGCACCAAGGAGUUCAGUUACUUAGAACAAUUCGUUGUGCUUUCAAGUUCUGAACAUUCCAGAGACUGACCAAUGCCAGAUUUCCUUCACAAGCGCAAGGUACUACAGUUGCUAGAUUUAAGAACAGACAACUCUCAGUUAUCAAAAUGCCUUAGGGCUGUGUGCAUUUAUGCCAUCUCCAUAUAGUAAACUACUUACUCAUCCUCUUCAGGGACUUUUAGUGGAGCUCUCAAAUGGCUGUUUUCAGCAUGAAACGCUAGAAUAUUUUACUGUAAAAGCUCCGGUAAUUAACCAGAUUAGUUAAGAGCUUAGAAGAAAAGCAGAGGGGGUAGGCAGCUCUUGGAUUUCUGACCUUCCAUUCAUUUCACCUGUUAAUGUCUGCAUUAAAGCUAAACAAUUCAAUGUUUGUUAUUCCUAACAGAUGCUGAAAACGACGCUGUCUAAGUCGACAUUCAAGGUGGAGUCUACCCACCAAGCGUCAUAUUUCAAUAAACUUCAUGCAAGCAUAAACCUUGUAUUCUUGCUAUUUUUCUUAUAAUUUAGAAGGUAUACAAGCAACCUAAUGCAAAGACCUUAAAUCUUUUUAGACUUGUGAAGCAACAGCAUUUUCCAACUCAUAUAUGUUAUGUUAAAAAAAAAAAUUUAACCAUUCCCAUUCUAGCGGAUCUAGUCACAAGUUUUCUGGCCAAGUGUUCCCACUUAAUCACUCCCUAAUUGGUAUUCACACCAAAUAAGUAUAACAGUACCUCUCCACAAUACUGUAUCUACCCAGAGUGCAUUGACCAAGUGCUAACUGCCUACUUAGUUGUCUGGUUAUCUCUUUGGCCCUUAGGGACUUUGGUUAUCUCUUCGGACCCUGGGGACUGAGGCACUAAAAGGACUUCUUUGUAAGAACAGUCUUGAUAAUUUAGGACAGUACUAAGUGGUAGCAUUAGUGUACUAGGAAUUUUAAAAGAAACCACACUUUUAGGAACAUUCUAAAGCCUUUAUUUAGCAUUAGGUAGACUAUUUCAUUAUAACACGUAUUAACUUGAAGAUAGAAAUUAAAAUAAUUUACUGGCAUCUACCUAAGGCCCUUUGGAGCAGUACCUCAGUCGGGUUUGUGUGAGUGGAUCAAUACCGUAAGAUUAAUGUACCCCAAUUAAAGGGGGCCAAGCUACUGUACAGUAGGUCUCCAUAGAUCUUUUAAGUACACAGGUGCCUUGCAAACUUGAAAGGCACAAGACCUCAAUAUGGUUUGAUACUUACAUACAUGAGUGCAACCUAAUUCCUCUGUGGCCCCUUCCACUGGAAGUUGAAGCAUUAAAAAGGUUUGUCAUUAUGUAGUGGUGAUGAUUAAAAGCUGUAUUUCUAGGGCAUUUUUGUGAAUUGCUAGAUUUUAUUUUAUACAUAUUUUCAAUUCAAAC